AUGCUGCAACAGACAAAGCUCUGCAUAGCAGCAGCAGCGGGCAUCCUCUCUCACAAUCUCAUCUUCAUCCGCAAUGAGCACCACAUUCAAGCCCCGCAGCUCUUCCGCUCCUUCUUACUCCUCUCCUUAUUCUUAUUUAUCGGUGAGGCCAGAAUAUGGGCGCUCAGCGAAUCAAGUCAAGCAGCCAGAGCGUCCGCGCUCAUAGUCCUCUCAUAUAGCGCCUCUCUGUUUACUAGCAUUGCUAUAUAUCGUAUCUUUUUCCAUAAAUUACGCAAAUUUCCAGGUCCCAUAGGGGCCCGAGUAUCAAAAUUCUGGCAUGUGGGCAAGCUGUUAAGCCAGCCGAACUUUAGAGUGCUGGAUGAGUUGCAUCAGCAAUUUGGAGAUUUUGUUCGCACUGGCCCAAAUGAGAUCUCAAUCCGCUCUCCCUCAGCAAUGGCUGAGAUCAAUGGCCCCGGCAGCAAAUGCACCAAAGCCCCCUUCUACGACCUUCUCCUUCCCCGAACCUCUAUCAUAACCACCCGCAACAAAUCAUUUCACGACCAGCGCCGCCGAAUCUGGGACCAUGGCUUCGGCGCCAAAGCCCUAAACCAAUACGAACCUCAAGUAAACCAUUACACCUCUAUCCUCACGUCCGCCAUAUCCCAGCGUCUGGGUACGCCAUUGGAUGUAACAUCCUGGUUCCACUACUUGUCCUUCGACCUCAUGGGCCAGCUCUCCUUCGGCAAAUCCUUCAACAUGCUCGCAACCGGAAAACGUCAUUUCGCCAUCGACCUGAUGCGCGAUGGGAUGACGCUUCUCGGUCUCUUCACGCCCAUGCCCUGGCUCGCCAGGAUCGGCUUCAGCAUCCCCGGCGUGGCUUCCGGCUGGAAAUCGAUGUUCGUAUGGUCCGACGCCCAAAUGCGCGAACGCAUCGACCGUGAAGAUGACGGCGAGAACAACGACAUCACCUCCUGGCUCAUCAACGCUUCUCGCGAGAACGACUCCCUCGAGGCCGACCGCAGUUGGCUCAACGGCGACGCCUUCGGGAUCAUCAUCGCCGGCUCCGACACCACAGCCACCACGCUCGUCAUGCUCUUCUACCACCUCGCCCUCGACCCUUCUCAAAUCUCCAAAAUUCGUUCCGAGCUCGACCAACUGGACGCAAACCCCGACGCCCGAGCCCUCCAAUCCCUCCCCCACCUCAACGGCGCCAUCAACGAAACCCUGCGCCUGCACCCGCCCGUCCCCUCCGCCGGCCUCCGCGAAUCCCCCCCCGAAGGCGUCACCAUAGCCUCCACCUUCAUCCCCGGCUCCACCGUCCUCUGUCUCCCCGUCUACUCCCUGCACCGCCUCCCCUCCUGCUUCGAGCGCCCUCUGGAAUUCAUCCCGGAGCGCUGGUACUCCGAGCCGGAACUCGUGCACGACAAGGGAGCCUUUGCUCCGUUUUUCCAAGGGAGGUUUGGCUGCGUGGGCAAGAACCUUGCGUUGAUGGAGAUCAGGUCCGUUACCGCUGCACUGCUGAGUAGAUACGAUUUGGGAUUCGCGCCGGGGACGGGGAGGGGGGAGGCGGUGGAGAGGGAUAUGGGGGAUCAGUUCACGGCGACGCCGGGGAGGUUGGAGUUGGUGUUUACGGAAAGAAAUAGGAAGACUGAGGGCUGA